UCUGUGCCGCUAUAGAUAUAUUACGUGAUAUAUCUAUCUAUAUGUAAUACUCCACAGAGACCAACAUGGCUUUAAUAGCUUUUAUAUUCCUUUCAUAAUAUCUUUCAUCUGGUACAAUGUCAUUAUAUGUUAACAAAUCACUGUGGUUCUUCUGGUCAUUGACUGGAUGUAGUGUUAUUUGUUUUAGUCAUAUACGAAGAUAUGCUCAAUAUGUGUAGGCCAAUUCCUUAUACUACGCAUGUGUAUAGCAAGGUCACAUGUUCCUUGUUGACAACAAAACGACACCACAAUGGCACUUCAGGAAGACGAUGUUAUAAUUCCAAACCUCAAUGCCCCAUGUGAUCAUGACGAGAAAUCAGACGAGGAGUCGAAUAACGAUAAAGAUGAUGUACCACUUUCUCCAAAGCAGCACAGGAAGAUUGAUCCAGGCAUCCUGCCAAACAAUGUGGUUCUUGUAAUUGAGGAUGAACAUCUUCAUGUAAACAAAACUUUACUGGAAUCUGCUUCACCUAUUUUUGAGGCUUGGCUUAAGAAAGAGUGUCAAAAAGACGAAUGCACUGACGACACGAAAAGGGAGCUGAAAUUCCCUGGGAAAACAUAUGAUGAUAUGGUCACAUUCCUAAAAUGUCUUCUUCCCAAUUUUGCUGACAAUGUUACAGAUAAAACACUCGAUACAGUGCUUCCCUUAGCAGAUGAAUAUCGGUCAGAAAAAAUGAUCACAGAAUUUGUAGAAGUCAUCCGACAACGCAUGGAGUCUGUCUCCGAGGUAGAUAUAUACAUACCCCCAUCUCGAAUUGUCACAUACCUACUCUGGAUCGAAAAGUACAACCUUCAAACGGUGAAAGAAGUGGUUGUGAAAUUAGCUUCGUGCCUAAGCGGCGAAGUACUAGAAGCAGAGCCAGGCUAUGAAAAUAUCGGGCUUACACUUCAGAAGGAGAUAUUUACAACAAGAGCAAAGCUACUUGCGAGUCUGUUUGUGAGCAAUGUAACUGAAGCCAAAGAGAGGAUAUAUAAAUUAAAACUCCCAUGUUCCUCAUAUUAUUUGACUGAGUGGAAACAGAAUGUAGCCAAACUUGUGCAACAUGCGUUGGCGUCGCCAAUAUCCGAAAUGUCAACAGUCAACAUGGCCUAAAACGAUCGCUUACAGUAAGAGGUUACGUUCUGGCCAAUACCACGUUUGUUCGGAUAUAUCUGACGAUAUUUUUGCCUCGUUUGCAUGCCUGGAUAUUUGCGAUAGACUUAAUAACUUUGCAAGUAUUGCAAUUGCGAAAAAGAGAAUAAAAUUACUCAAAAUAGGAAAGGCCGAUUUCAAAUUUAUUUGGUCAAAAUAUUAUUCAACCGACAGCAGUAAUACAAAUGCUACCAUGGAACGACUUUCGCAAGUCUUCGAAUGAGACUUUUUUCAUAUGGACAAAAUUUGAAUUAAGAAGGUAAUUUCCUUUGCAAUUGAAAUCAUCGCGACAGAUAAUGAAAUGUGACAAUUAUAAAACAAAUUAAAGAUUUACAAAAUAAAAUCAACAAUGGUUUUCUGUGUGUUACAAUUUCAGAGGGGCUACAGCGGGACUCGAACCACAGACUUCAGAGUGUUAU